UGAUGAUAGCAAUGGAAAACUUUGGUAGAUGUGCUGGCAGCAUUGAAGUUGAAAAUGCUUUUGUACAGAGUAUAAUGAAGAUUCCUUCAAUUCUUCAUGUUGAAGAACCUCUACUGUCGCUUGGUAGCCAUGGGAAUAAUGACAGAGUUUUCUUCUGCAUUUUAAUUAAAGUUAAUGCUUUAGGAAGGGAAACAUUUAUGGCUAGAUAUUUUGAGUAUGGCAGUUUUACUGCAUUUUUUGAAAAUGUUGCUCUUGGAAAGCUAAAAAAAGAUUUAGGAAUUAAAGAAAUUCUUCCAUAUUGUGUGCUUACACUGAAGGAUAAUGAAAUGGAACUUUUAUUAAAAAAUGAAACUUUUGGUCACAGAACUAAGAAUGGUAGCAAAAGUCGUAUUCACAAAAGCAGAACUUUUAAUCGCUUUGUAUAUGAUUGUAAAGGUGGCUUGAAUGAAAGUCUAAAAAAAUAAAUAUUUGAGCUAAAUAAAAAUGAUUUUUGCAUUUGUU